ACCCUCACCCCCCAACCGAAAACACCGUCGAUUUCGACUCUACAUAGCAAUAAGAGAUCAUUCAACAACUUCACUUUAACCCUCAAAAUCUAAAUCCAAACCAAAAUUUCAUCCAAAUCUCAUCAGAUUCAACACUCGCAAAUCUGCUGUGUAUCGUUUUCUGGGUUUAAUGCAGAUGAUAAAAGUGAGUGAUGAAUGAACGUAAAACUCCAUGUGUGUAUGAAGCUGUUUCUAGCAUGCACCGCUUCACUACGUGUUAUUGAGCUGAUAAUAGAGAGGUGGAUAAUAUAUUAUGACGAAUCAAUUGGUGAAGGUGAAGAGAGAUGUGAUUGCGGCAUGCAUGACAUGCCCUCUUUGUCAUAAUCUCUUCAGAGAUGCAACUACUAUUUCCGAAUGUCUUCAUACGUUUUGCAGGAAAUGCAUCUACAAGAAGCUGUCCGAUGAAGAAACAGAACACUGUCCAAUUUGCAAUAUUGACUUAGGCUGUGUUCCUUUAGAGAAACUGAGGCCAGAUCAUAAUCUGCAAGAUGUGAGAGCAAAGGUAUUCCCUUAUAAGAGGCGAAAGGUGAAUGCACCUGAAAUUGUGACUUCAGUAGCGUUGCCAGUGAGGAGAAAGGAGAGAUCACUCUCGUCACUUGUGGUCAGCACUCCAAGAGUAUCUUCACAAACUGGAAUAACAGGAAGAAGAACAAAAUCGGUGGCAAGAAAAACAUUACGUGGUUCCAACUUUUCAAUUGAGAAAUCUCUCAAGAAUGAAGAAGGGUCUGGAGAAGAUCAGCUGGAUAGCUCUAGCUCACUUGAGACUUUGAACAAGUUCACUCAGAACAUAAGGCUGAAUUCUUCCAGUGCUGAGCCUUCUAGUCACCCUACACCUGAUAAAGAAACUGAAAAUGGCAGUCAACAGUGGGAAGGCAAAGUUGAUUUGUGGAAACCUUUAAAUUGUUUGGUGGAAGCAGCAAACAGGAGCAAAUCUUCGAGGUUUACCUCAGACGGUUCUACUGCUAAGUCAGAAGGUCUGCAUUCCCAUGACCGUGAGGGUCAUGUCCGUAAAACUAAAGUCAAAGAACAUGGACAGAAAUCAAAGAUCAAGGAUGACAAUAAUAGUGAUCCUGCUCCUCCAGAAUUUGACAAACCUAAAAAGUCGCGUAGAAUUCGCCAGAAGAAGGCAUCAUUUUAUGGAGAGUGUGAUAUUUCACCGCAAACUUUUCUGGAUGCAACCACUGCCAGAUGUGAAAAGAGAAUCUAUCCAAUAUGGUUUUCGUUGGUGGCCUCGGAAGACCAGGAGGGAGAUGCACCCUUGCCACAGAUUUCUGCAAGUUACUUGAGAAUAAAGGAUGGCAAUAUUCCUGUUUGUUUCAUCCAAAAAUACCUGAUGCGGAAGUUGGAUCUUAAGAGCGAAGACGAGGUUGAGAUUAGAUGUAUGGGACAAUCAAUCGUCCCCAGUUUACCACUGAACAGUUUGGUUGAUAUGUGGCUUCAAACUACCCCAUCUGAAAGAAUACCAGCAAUUAUUGGUUCAUCGGCAAAGGAUUUUGUUAUGGGACUAGCUUAUGCUCGAAAGACCCCAGGCACUGCGGCAUCUUGAGUUAUUAUCACUGCAUUUCUAUACUUGAUAAACUACAUGAGAGCUAAUCAUAUGUUGAAGUAGCAGACUGGAAUUGUUAUACGAAUCAUUGUGCCUCAUCAUAUUGUGAGUUGUAGACAAGUAGGUUGUUUUCAACUGCUGCGACUCAGCAGGAAAUGAGGAACGAGAUACCGAGGAAGAUGAUACUGAAAUCCAAGUUGGGCCAUUCUGGCCACCAUGCUUUCAAGUCCAUUCUCUCUCUCUCUCUCUGCAAUGUGUUGUAUGGUUGUACACUACCUGAGUGAAUUUUGAUAAUGUUUUUUCAUUCAUGUCUUUCAUAUCUCAAAAUCUUAAUUUAUAUUAAUUUAUUUUUCCAAGGUACUAGUAUUUAACCUGAAGUUUGAGGGUACAUUUGGGCAACAUUUCUAUCUGACUGUAGAAUGAUGAAUUGUACUGUUGUAUUAUAAUUGUCAUUCUGAUAUGUUAUUCUUUUAUCUGCUAUUCUAAA